AUGAUGAUCUCCAAUAAGUUCAAAAUGUUAAGAUUUUUGGCACUCUCUAUACUAUAUAUUCUUCAGAUUCAAUAUGCAAAUGGAAAAGUUCACCAUCACAAGUUUGUGGUGAAAUCAUCAUCUUUCAGAAGAUUAUGUAGUAGCAAGAAUAUUUUGACAGUAAAUGGACAAUUUCCUGGUCCAAUAUUGAAAGCUCAUAGAGGAGACAAGCUUAUAGUUAAGAUUUAUAAUCAGGCAAAUUAUAACAUAUCAAUACAUUGGCAUGGUGCAAGACAGGUUAGGAAUCCAUGGUCAGAUGGACCUGAAUACAUAACACAAUGUCCAAUUAAACCAGGAAAUGUGUUCAAACAAAUCAUACAUUUGACAACAGAAGAAGGAACAAUUUGGUGGCAUGCACAUAAUGGUUGGGCAAGAGCAACAGUUCAUGGAGCUCUCAUCAUUCAUCCCAAAUCUGGACACACUUAUCCAUUUCCUAAACCUCAUGCUGAUGUUCCAAUUAUACUAGGUGAGUGGUGGAAGGAACAAGUUAUGGAAAUUCCAGAAGUAGCUAAUAAAACUGGUGGAGAACCAAUCCUAUCAAAUGCAUAUACCAUAAAUGGUCAACCUGGUUACCUAUAUCCCUGCUCCAAAAAAGAUACUUUCAAGAUGAACGUGGAGUAUGGAAAAACAUAUCUUCUUAGAGUAAUCAAUGCGGUAAUGGACGAAGAGCUUUUCUUUGCGAUUGCGAACCACAAAUUGACAGUAGUUGGCAAAGAUGGAUUAUACUUAAAACCAAUAGAAACAGAUUACAUAAUGAUCACACCAGGCCAAUCAAUGGACAUUCUCUUAGAAGCAAAUCAACUUCCCGGUCGAUAUUUCAUGGCUGCGAGAGCAUAUUCAAGUGCUUUCGGUGCUGGUUUCGAUAACACAACCACAACAGCUUUACUCAUAUAUUCUCCUUCUCGGCGUGACAGAAAAAGUCCAACUCUUCCGACUCUUCCUCCUUACAACAAAACUGAAGCAUCAACAAACUUCACAAAGAAAUUCAGAAGCCUAGCAACAAAAACUCAUCCAAUAAACGUCCCGACAAAAAUCGACACGCACUUAUUAUUCACGAUUUCUGUUAAUUUGCUCAACUGUACUCACGAUAAGCCCUGCACGGGUCCAUUCGGCAAGAGAUUUGCGGCCAGUGUGAACAACAUUAGUCUAGUGCAUCCAGAUAUUGAUUUUCUAAGUGCAUAUUACUAUGGCAUCCCAAAUAUAUUUGAAAUGGAUUUUCCUAAAAAACCAGAAAGGGAAUUCAAUUACACAAGUGAUAAAUUACCAGAAUAUUUUUUGAGUACAUCAUUUGGUACAAAAGUGUUGGUUUUGGAGUAUGAUGCAAGUGUUGAACUUAUAUUGCAAGGGACUAAUGUGUUAGCAAGUGAUAAUCACCCUGUUCAUUUGCAUGGUUAUAGCUUCUAUGUGGUUGGUUGGGGCUUUGGGAAUUUUGAUCCUAAGAAAGAUCCUAAAAACUAUAAUCUUGUUGAUCCACCAGAAGAAACUACAGUUGGAGUACCAAAUAAUGGUUGGGUUGCUAUCAGAUUUAGAGCCGAUAAUCCAGGUAUGUGGUUGCUGCAUUGUCACAUAGAGAGACAUGCUACAUGGGGAAUGAGUAUGGUGUUUCUAGUGAAAGAUGGUCCUAAUCCUAAAACACGAAUGCUUCCACCUCCUAAAGAUUUACCUAAAUGUUAA